UGAAGACGUCAACGGAAACUUCGAGUGUUAGUAUCGCUUACUCGGAAAAAGAGAAGUAAAGUGUUUUUAACCAACACUUGACUACGCCAAAGCAUCCAGAACCAUGGACAGCGUCAAAGCAGCACUGUACCUAGGUGCAUGCAUUGUGUUCAGCGUCGUCUGCCAGGGUCAGAUGUCACUGGAUAACAGACUGUCAACGCAAGAGGAUCAAUUUGUUACCAGAGACUUGGCUGAAGCAUUCGGAAAACUCUUAGAACGAGACGAGGGCAAUCGGAUAUUGCUGGAGAAAAAAGCUAGUGUCAUUCCGAGGUGCGAUUUGGGAGAACGCUGUGCCAUGAAGCACGGACCGCGCAUUGGGCGACUGUGUGACUGUACGAGAGGGACCGCGUGCAACACCUUCUUCCUGCGCUGCUACUGAUUGACGUCGCGCGAACACUUUUCCGAGACUGCAACUAGCCGGGAGCUUACUUAACGGGCAUCGUUCAGUGUGUGAAUUUACAUGAGCUAUGUCUUAAAAUUGUAAUGUUCGCAAUCUUGCCAUGUAUGUAUACGAUCCAAA